UUGAAGGAAAUGGCAAGCCGACGGAAGCAGUUUUUGGUCAGACGAAGGCCUCAGAAAGUCGACCUGGAGAACCUGUCCUCAGACAACGUAGUACUGACCUCGGCGGCUGCUAGCGUGGGCGGCGCAGGGGCGGCAGGUGACCUUUGCGCCCCACCAGCAGCCGCCAUGAGCCCCGACAACAACCACAACCAUCAACCUCUUGCCGAUGGAACCUCUCGGCAGACCGAAGACCAGAACUGUCUGAUAGUGUCGUCACCUGACGAAGGUGAAUCUGGGAGGAUAUUUGUUGGGCGUGAUGCGGGCAGUGCAGGACUCCAGGGGUUGCUCAUGGUGAAAGUGAGGAAGGAUGCGGAGGGACAGAAUGAGGUCGAGGUUCUGGGUGAUGAAAGUGAAGUGAUAUCGACUGACGAAGUGCCUCGGAGACGCCAAAUGUUGAGAAGAGGACUCCUGGGGGAGGAAGAGGAGAAGAUCCUGCAGGAGUACAUGCAGAGGAGCGACACUGCCGUCAUAUUCCCGGAACCCGUCGAACAAGUACCGCUGCCAGCUGCCGGCCUGGGUAAAGCCAUCUCGCCAGGAUCUGGCGUUGACGGUGUCGGCGGAGGGGCUGGGGGCGCCGGGACUCCAGGAAUAGGGACCGACUACUUCAUCAAAUGCCCACAGUGCCACAAAGGUUACCCAGGAUUUCAAGCGCUGAAGGAGCAUGUGGAGUCAAGCCAUCCGCCCCCAUCACAUCUCGGGGGUGGUGAUGAUGUCGUGUCCCAACCCACGUCACCAGUCGGUUCUCCUGCCCCGAACAGCUCGGCUCCAGGCGUCGGGUAUGCUUGUUCCCAGUGUAACACUAGUUUCCUGCAUAAAGAUCAGCUGGAGCAACAUGAAUUGGUCCAUUCUCCAAACGCCCAGGUGUCCUGCAAAGUGUGUAACAAGACAUUCGCGAACGUGUACCGCCUGCAGCGCCACAUGAUAAGCCAUGAUGAAAGUGCUGUGCUACGGAAAUUCAAGUGUCCGGAGUGUGAGAAAGCUUUCAAAUUCAAGCACCAUCUCAAAGAGCAUAUCCGGAUUCACAGUGGAGAGAAGCCAUUUGAAUGUGCCAACUGCGGCAAGCGAUUCUCACAUUCUGGAUCGUACUCGAGUCACAUGACCUCGAAGAAGUGCCUCGUCAUGAACCUCAAAGUGGGCCGCGGAGGUCGUGGUGGGCCCAAUUCCCUCCUAGAUAAAUGUCCGCCUCAUCACAGGGGUGCAGGUCAUGCAUCCAAACGUUCCCUAACAAAUAAUAGCCCUUUAAAUAGUAAUACAUCCAAUGCUACAACAAGUUCCAAUAUGACCAAUAACACCUUUCCACCAAUUCUUCCGAAGUAUGGUGAUACCUUCCUGUCUGCAGUCACUCCACGAAUUCCCAGCAGGUACUCCACAUCACAUCCCCACCCUCCAACUCCGAGUCUACAUCCUUUCUAUAUGGCUGUAGCUCCAACAAUGCAUCUAAAUCCAAACCCCAACUCAGGGAUCAACUCUUAUAAACUUCCUGCAUCCCUUAGUAAUCUCCUGGAGCACCUUACUACAUCUUCCCCACCUCACCAACCAAGACUCUCCAUUGCUGAAUGUGACAAGAGAAUGGACGAAGCAGUGGAGCAAGAGAAAGGCAAUGAGACAGCGAAUAAUACCCAGAACCAGGAGAAGAAGGAUGACGGAGGUGGCAAAGAUACGAAGAAAGCAGCAGAAGUAAAGGAAGAGCAUGAGGACGAAGGUGCCACAGAUAUGUCCGCUCCUGAGGGACAGUAUGGUAGGCAGGAUGAAACGGGUGAAAGGGAAUCUCCUAUUGCCAGAAGUGGGAGUAGAAAUUCCCCAGGUUGUGGCAGUAACAGUGGUGACCUGGAGGCAGUAAAGAGGAUUCUGGAAACAGUAAAUGCUACAGUAACUAAACAAUUUCUGGAAGCCAACAUGCAGAAGUUGACAUCUUCAACUUCUUCAGGUAGUGGUUGUCCAAGCAUUGCCAGUGCAUCAUCACCAACUGGGAAUGGUACUGAAAGUAAUGUACCUGAGUUCCACAAGAAAAGUAGUGAAUUUUCAUCCUUGUACGACCUUUUAUCAUGCAGACAUUGCCAGAAGAAAUUCCGAAGUCCCAUUGACCUCCAUCAACAUGAACGGUACCUGUGUGAACAUGGUGCAGGGGAUCGCAGAAGUGAAGGGCUUGCUGCAAAAUUGGAGGAUGCUGUCACAGUGAAGACCGAAGAGAUGUCACUUAAUGGUGGGUGCAGCGGAAGUGAGGAUGGCGAUGAUGCUGAUGGACAAAUUUCUGGCAAAGAGCCAGCAACAGAAGAAGAUGAGUACGAAGCUGAAUCCGUUACAACAACGGACCAGGUUUCGGAAGAUGGACGAAAAGUCCGUGUGAGGUCCCUGAUAGCUGAUGAACAACUCGCAAUCCUCAAAGGCCACUAUUCCCUUAAUCCAAGACCUAAGAAAGAUGAACUUGCAAGAAUAGCAGAUAAAAUUGGGUUUUCAGUUCGUGUAGUGCAGGUCUGGUUUCAAAAUACUCGUGCUAGGGACCGCCGUGAGGGGCGGUUAGUUCACGUCCCAUACGUUCCUUUGGCGACAGUUCCGGUAUUUCCUCCAGUGUCUCUUGUGCCUUCAUCACAGCCGUCACACCUUCAGACUAUGAAUGUGGGUCACUACACCACCACAUCACCUCCACUAUGCCCUCCUUCUGGUGCAGAACAGCCAUUGGACCUUUCUACUAAGAAGACACAACGUUCUCUAGCCUCAACUCCAUCCAGUUCUCCCCUUAGGCCAACAUCAGCAACUGCUCAUUCCGAUUCCGGUGAGGAUGUAGGUUGUGCCAUGAAUCUCAGUCGCAAGUCAUCCUCAUCACGUAGUCCUACCCCGAAUAGUAGUGCCAUGUUAGCAGCGCCGUUCAGACAACUCCUUCCGUUCCAUCAGUCCCAUUAUCCACAUUCCUCAUGUUCUUCUUCAUCUAUAGCAGAUUUCCGUCGCACUCCAUCCCCAAUGUCUUCAGGUAACUUGCAGCAGCAUAUUGAAGGACUCAGUAAUGGAAUUGCAAAUGGCAGUAAACUAGCACGCAUCCUGGCCCAGCCACCUGUAACAGCAUCACACCGUAUGGUCUCAGGGCUUACAAAUGGAAUCAAUGGCAGCACUGUGGGAUUAGCUCCCGUGGAACGGCUUAUGUAUAGGGCUGAUCUCCAUGUGACAUCCCGUUCACCACUGCCCUUAUUUAAUCAGCAACAUCUGGAGAAUGGUAGGGCAUGCAGUUCAAGUCCCAGCUCUGACAAGCGCUCCUGGAAGCAGGGUCACUUGGAUGGUGGCGACACAACAGAUGAAGCAGAUGACUCUGGUUGUGUUGGAGGUGGAAAUCAAGAAAUAGAUCAUGCGCUUUUGAUGAUGGAUGAAGACGGCUCCUCACCCAACAAAAGACACAAACUCUCCCCAGCACUUAACAAGGGUCUUCUGACAGGUUUCGGAGGAAUCACAGGGCUGGAUGGUGAAGGGGAGGGCCAGUUCAUCUGCGACCAGUGUGACAAGGCCUUUUCCAAACAGAGCUCUCUCGCCCGGCACAAGUAUGAACAUUCUGGCCAGCGGCCACAUAAGUGUGAUGUGUGCACCAAGGCGUUCAAGCAUAAGCACCACCUUACUGAACACAAACGUCUGCACAGUGGGGAGAAGCCCUUCCAGUGUACAAAGUGUUUUAAGCGCUUCUCCCACUCUGGGUCCUACAGCCAACACAUGAACCACCGCUACUCAUACUGCAAGCCCUACAGAGAAUAGCUAUGCCUCGCAGGCACUUGCACCUGAGUAACACACCCUCUCCUCGACUGCAUUUAUGAGUGGAGUUUGAACCAAGUGCUCUGGUAAGACAUUGGUUAGAGAUGAAUAUAGAAUUAUGUGUGCAGAAGAGUGUGAAGAGGGAUGACUGGCAGUGCUGAGGAAGAGGAUGCUGCUACCAACCUUACAUCAUGGAAUAAAGUGACAGAAGAAUCAAUCUACCAAUCUGUGUAUGUUGAUUGAACAGUAAUCCCUUCUCAUCAGGGGCUGUAUAUAAAAGAGGGAGAAUGGAUCACAAUAUGAGAAUAACUAACCUGAGAGUCAGCAGCUUCUACCCCCUCCCUCAAACCCCCUUCAUACAGACAGUACCCCUUAUGAACACACCUGAGAAAUAGAAGCCCUCUGUGAGUAGGUAUCAAAACAUAAUGUGAACAUUCAGAAAUGUUAUCAUUUAACCUUUACUAUGUUGCACUUCUGCUUGCCAUGUGGGGAAGUUUCAUCCUGCAACAAUCCUUGAAUGUUCAGAUGAACAUUACCAAAUAGCUUGUGUUCUCAACUGCAUUAAAGGAUGAAAUAAAUGACUGGCAUCAGAUAUGAUGGUAGUGAGCAUAAUUUAUAUAAUAAAAUGACAUUAGUUUGUUCUAGGUUCUUUUUUUAUUAUUUUUGGUAAGAUACUAUGUUUUGUUGUAAAACAUUUAGAGAAAAGCUGUGGAGUGAUGAAGUGUGUUGCAGCAUCACAGAUUCCAGUGCAAGAAAUGUACAUUGAAGGACUCUUAUGAUGAAACACUUUUUAGAAUUAUUCUGGGCACUUUCAUAAUUCAGAGAAAUCUUGGUGGUCCUGUACAUACCACCUGCUGUAAAGAGCUGAAACCCUGCAUUCUGCCACAGCGUAUUUAUGUGCUUCAUAUGGUUGUCACAAAAACAGUGUUUGUUUCCUUAAACAGUAUUAACUGGCUGAUGUUUGUGGCAGAAAUGUAAUGUGUUUCCUGUUAGAUAUGAAUUAAAUGUUUUAUAUUAUUUGGAAGAAAUUCAGUCUUUAAACGGUUAAAUAUAUAUUUUAUCUGUAAUAUCGACGUAAUAUCAAUACAUUAUUUGGAAUUAAUUGCAAUAAUUUGGGUUCAUAUUAUUUGUCCAUAUGCUGUUAAGGUUUAAACAGAAGGUGUCCUGUUUCUCGGGCGAUCUGUUCAAUGUUGUUUCCUCUUUGUGACAUUUUUAUCAUCCCAUUACUCAUUUUAAUGCCUACGUAAUGUAGUGAUUUUUCAUCUCUCUUUUUAAAAUUCCUCGCUUUAGCAGUAUGUAAUCUUGCCACGUAUUCAGGUCAGGAAAGCAAGUCUUUUGUUAAUUAUUCAGUUGAAGAUUGUGGUUGAAAUUAAUCAUGUCAGGUUACAUGUUAACCUUUUUAAUUUAAGAUUGUGGUUGAAAUUAAUCAUGUCAGGUUACAUGUUAACCUUUUUUCAUAGAAAUUUUAAGUGCUUAUACAUUCCUCUGUAUGCCAGUGUUAACUUUUUGAAAGUACAUGUGUGGGUAAAAGAUAAAAAAAAUCUCUGCACUCUGAUGUUGCAAGAAUAACAUGUCUCAGCAGGAGGAAGUUUAUUUAAUGGUUUCACUGAUGAACAGAGCUAUCUUACUUUGCAUGUAGCAAUGGCAGCAACAUGUGUAAUUUUAAAAUACUAUGUUUUUUAAUGGCUUCCCUGACCUGUGGCCAGAAAAAAAAUUGAAAACUGUUUAGUGGAAUUCCUGUAUUGUAAAAUUCUUCAUAAUGUAGUAGUGUUUGGAGGAACUUUUUGAAAUAUCCUAGAUUCAGUAGAUGUCUGCAUCUCAUAUAAUUACUCAAAUAAAACUACUCCAUCCCUUAACUCUUAACUAAGAUGGACUAUUUAUGCCCAUUUUUAAAUGUUUGAAUCUUUUUAAAAUAUUUAAAUAAAGCUCCCCUUUAUAUCUCUCUCUCUCUCUCUCUCUCAUUAAAAAUUUUACAACCCUGAUACGUCCAAUAGCCCAUUACAUAACAGCUUUGCGAUUGCAGAUGACUCAUAGGAAUGAGUAAGUUUAGAAAUAAAUUAAUGUGAAGAAAUGAUAUGGACGGAGCAGUCUUUGCACUGUUGUUCAUUUUUAAAUAUGUAAGUCCAUCCAUUGUGUGAAACUUUUACAUCUUCUUUGUUUAAAAGAAGAUGUUGAUGUUUACAGUCUUUUUAAAAUGAAGAAGUGUGUGCCAUAAAUUUUUGUCACCUCAGCUCUCCACCAAGGGAUUGCUAUAUUACAUGUAGCUAUAGUUCUCAGUUCAGGAAGUAUGAAUGUAUUUUCUUCAUUAUGUACAUAUAGGGAUAUUAAUAGGAGAUUGUGGUACCUGUACAAUAAUACUCAACAAUUUCUUGGCCAAAUGAGGAACAGUAGAAAUAUUUUAAAAUUAAUAUAAAUUUAGGGUGAAGAGGAGAUGAGAAAUGCUGGGUUUGAGGCUCUCGUGGCGGUGGCAAAAAAGGGUAUGGUCUUCUGGUUUUAAUACAGUUCAGUUCAUAGAGACGAAGAACAUAUCUCCAUUUUAGGUUUGAAAAGUAAGCAAAACAUAAAACUGGCAUGAGCAAGUAGCAAGUUGAGCUUACUUCUUGAUCCUGAGGAUGAAGGUGAUCUGAUCACAGUCUCUCUGAACUACAUGGCAUUACAAUGCAAAAGAUUGUACCCUUCAAGAUGGGAAGUGGUUGCAUCUAUUAUGAAAUGCAAACAUAUUGCCAUUCAUCUGCACCCGCUACAAAGAUGUCCAGAAUUAACAAAAAUUUAGUAACUUGCCAUAAUGUUAUUAUGUGCCAAUGAUUAAAAUAAAAAUGCUAAUUACAUAAAAUCAAUUGUCUUCCACCACCUCAGCUGAUGAACAAAUUUUUAAGUGGCAAGAAAUGUAACACAGGUUGGCCAACUAGUCAAAUCUCUAAUUGAAAGUGUAAUUUUAUCUUGGUCAAGAAUACAAGAAAACAACGUUUAUAGAACAAAGGCAAGUGUUCACUUUGUUAUACUUGAUUCAUUUGCUGUUUCUUUAAAUGUCAGUGUCUAUGCAGAACUGAUGGAGUGAAAUAAAUUGUUUCCUAGAUAGAUGGAUGAAUUUUUGAGAAUGUGUGCAUUGAAUUAUACACUUAUGCUUCUGAAUACAAGAACAGUCAAGACUCAGGAUUGAUGUAAAUUGUUACACAGUAGGUUUAAAUAAUUCAAGCAAUGAGCUUGAGCAGCAGGGUGGGAAUAUACUGGAUCUUUAAAUGGACAUUGUAAUAAAUAAAUUUUUGUUAUGGAAUAGUAAGUGAACUAACCUCGUAUGUUAUUUUGUUCAGCUAUACCAAUAUAUUUCUUUUCAGUGUAUGUGGGAUUUGUUUACCUUAAACACACUUCAGAUGCCAGUAUUUUUGUUUUGUCUUUAGAAGUCUGGAUUACUUACUUCUUUUGCCUAAUUUGAUGGUACAGAUGAAUAUAAUGUUAGCUAGACUGCGUGAAAUAUUUAGAAAAUAGGUCCAACUUCUGAUUGCUGUCAUUAUCAACAUGGUAAAUAAUUUUCUUCAUGAUUAAUCCUACAGAAUGUCAAGGUCAUGUGUGUAGUAUUCCUCCUCCACAUUUGGAAGUAAAGUUUUGGCCCAAGAACAGGUUAUCAUGAUUUAGUUUUUUCAUGAUUUUUUUAAACCAUUCAGGUAAAUGCCAAAUCAUAUGACAGCCACAUCUUUCCAAAAUUAUUCAUUAAUUUCCAUACCAUUUGAUGUUACAUGCUUUCAUUGUCAUUAAAUAAAUAAAUUGCAGAUGGUUAAUUAAUUGAUUCAGGUGUUGAAGUAAGAAAGUGUUUGCUGCAAGAGUACGUAAUUGAGCCAAUCACCUGAUGUAGACACUGGUUUGUGUGCGGCUGCAUGUGUGUCUGUUCAAGCAGGUAUUGGGUAUAGCAGCUACAGAAAUCGUACUGUGUUAUUGUGUAUGGCUUGAUUCUUGGGGAAUUUGUAAGUGACAGGUCUCCUGCCCCCAAUUCAUUUUAUAACAUAUUUAUUUCUUAUAUAAGUUAGAAGUUUUCAAAAUUGUAAAGAUUAAUAUUACAUUGGUCUGAGAUAUAACACCAUGUGGUCUAGUAGGUGGUAUUAAUGUUUCAGAAGAAUAUACUGUCUUCAUAUCGUGGUAGAAGUGUAUCCUGAGGAUGGUGGUGCUAUGUUCACUGAAACAUUGUUACCCACCAGACUACACAGCAUCAUAAACCAGAAGACCACGAUAUGCAUGUUUAUUUUACGUUUUUUCUCUUAAAAUGUUGGCUUCUGAUCAACAUGGAUAUUAUACUGUCUUGGGAAAUGUUCUGUGAACUUUGUCACUGCAAAAUUGAUACCUAUUUCAUCCCAUGGCCUCACUUUACCAAUUUUUUCAUUGUCCGUGUCAAAACUUCGACCAAUUUGUAUAUAAGCCUUAGAAGCGCCUUAUAAAUGUUAACAACUGAAAUAAGCUUUACUCCAUCAGAUCUGAAGAAUUGCCUCAUGUGAUCUCAUUUAUAUUAACGGGACUUCCUCAUCCAGUAGUAAUAAUUGUAGGAAGAUGCACGUAAUUUUUUCAGAAUUUCUCUAAACAGAACACUUUAAAAAUGACAUCAAAGAAUAAUUUGUUCUUUUGAUUGUGAUUACAAGUUCCAUAUAUGAUUAUUUACUGUGCAGGCCUUUUACUUUAACACAGUAUUUUGUUACAUUUGUUGCUAUUGAGAAUGGUAUGUAGAGAUCAGAGGAAUUAAUAGUAAGAACCACAAUAGAAGUGUUGUGGGUAGUGUCUGUAAUAGGCCCCACAAUUGCUUGUGGCCUGUUGGAUUAUAACAGCUGG